AAAAUCUUAUGUGUGCUAACCAGCUCAGAGCUCCCAGAAUUUGGUAUGCACGUUCAUAGCAAGUACCUGGGGCAAGUGUUGUUUUGCUUGCUUUUGCUCUUCUGUUCACUACAGCUGUGGUCUUCAGAGUGAGGUAAAACUGUCCAUUGAGGGGAAGAGAGAAAAUGUUUGGACUUCAGUAGUAUGUGUGUGUCAUGUAUAAAUUAGUAAAUAUAUGUAUACUGGUUGUGCAUGCUGAAAAUUUUUUCAUUAAUAGGAAUGUAUGAUCACAAAAAGUUAAAAAAUUGGAGACCCCUACAUUAAAGUACAUGUGGUGAGAAUUUGGCAUUAGUGAAUUCUUCUCCCCUCAGAGAACUGAUUUUUGUGUUAUAACUUGCAGGUGGUAAGUCUUAAUUUCUUCAUCUGCUUUCAUAUGGCUUCUGUUAAGACUCUCAAUGCUCAGCUGCUGCUGUUUCUCUUUCUAGCACAUGCCAUCUUCCUGGGGAUACAGCACAAUAUGCUUUUAUACACGUGCAGGAACAAUUACUGCUUGUAACAGAUCAUUACUUUGUGUGCCAUGAAGUAGAACAUGUACCUUGCCAGCACAUUUGCAGUAAGGGGAGGAUGCUGUGUUUGGAGUUUCAUGGUAUUACAUUUUGAGAGCUUCACGAUUAACAAACAAGGUUAAGCCAUUCCUUGUAUACCGUAAUCUUUUGUUCAUAACCUGUUUCUGCACUGAAAUUCAUAGGCUGUUUUUGAAGAAGUAAAAGUUGGCAUGGUUAUGUUCAAGACAUGAAAUCUCUCCUUAUGUUUCCAUGUAUUUUUCUGUCACUGUUGUAAUUAUUUGUCAUGUAAGUUAGUUCCUAUAGCAAAACAGUACUUUUUCAUGCCUCAGAUGUAUCUGAGGAGGUUUUUUUGUUUGUUUCUUUUGAGAAACGGUCUAUUGGGAUGUGGCAGGGUCAAGAGCUUUAUUCCUGUCUCGUGUUCUUCAGUGUCUGCUAUUUUGUUCCCACAAAGAUCUGUUGAUUUUUAUUUUUUUAUUUUUUUUAAAUAAUGUUUUUAUGUUGUCUUCAUCCAGGUGGAGAUUUUCUUGCGUGUUUCUAUUAACUACUUUGCAGGCUGAGCCAUUUUGUAGAACUCUCCAUGAACUGUGGAGAUGAAGAGGACGAAGACAGAGACAGUGCAUUAAAUCAGCAGUGUUUGAUUCCUUUCGUCGUUCUGCUUUAAUUUUGGGCACCAUCAGCAGUGUUUUCAAUUAGCAGCUCACUGAGUUGGUACACCUACAGUUAGAUACUGAAAUAGGUGGGCUGCAUUUUGUAAGCAACUUAAUGCCCACAUCAGCAGCCAAAGUCAACAAAGCUGCAAGUGUUCUUAUCCUAAUAAAUUUAGCUCAGUAAGAGAACUUUUUAGAUUCCUAAAACAUCUUCCAGAUUGUAACUGACUUGGGAAAGCUAAGAGGACCCCUAAGAACCAAUACCAGCGAGUUCUGUUUUUUUCCAUCCUCCUUUGCUGAUGGCCAAAGCCUCUGCUACGAUAGUUUUGAUAUAAGAAUUAUGACAAAAUUAUACAAUAUUUCCAUAUUUUAUCUAGAUCAUUCGUUAACUAAAAUUAUCUUCUGUUGGUAAGAUGUACAGAAUUUACACUCGGUUUCAUCUUGUUGAUGCGAUGGAAGCCAAAUGUAUUUCUAAUUCAUUUCCCUGUUCAUUGCAGUUGGACUAGAUGACUUUUAAAGGUUUCCUCCAACUCUAAGGGUUCUGUGAUUCUUUGAUAUUAAAGCCUUCCUUCCAAAGAAAGUACUGAGCACAUGUGCCAAUGUAGAGAAUUAGUAUACCAGUGUGAGUGAGUAUUGCUUUUCUGUAACAGCAAAAGGAUAUUUUCCUGUUGUAAUGGAAUCAGAGAGGGCCAACGUUGGGAAGACCUGUAGUCCAAGUUCAGCUGAAGCACAGUACAGUAAUCAGAUCUCCAGCUGAUGUUAAGUUGCACAGUAAAAUCUUCUAAUUGAGGAAUCCAUGAGAACUUGCUACAGGCUCUAUUUUCAUUUACUGUUAAGCUGUUUUUUAGAACUUGGCAUCUGCCUUUUACAGCUGCUAAUGUGCACAGCUGUUGUUACAGCUGCUAAAUCUACAGUUGGAGGAUGGAGGCAUAAGAAUUCUCAUAGUCAUGUAGCUUUAAGCAAACCUUCAAAGCAAGUUUUACUUGGUCAACACCCAGAAAUGUUUCAAAAUACACAGCACUGUGAUUUUUGUUCUUUUAUAUUGAUAUAAUUAAACCACAGUAAUACUUAACAUAUUGGCAAAUAAAAGUUAGAGUUUAAUUGCUGUGUUGAUGUUUAGGCAAUCUGCUGGUUUCACGGACUUGUUUUAUGCUAAAAGGGAGAGAUGAGUGUGUGUUGAUUGGGGUUGUAGAAUCCUGUCAUUUUGCAUGAUACCAUUACGUGGGUUAUGUGGGUACCACGGGUUGGUGUUGCUUUACUAAUUGUAUGGGUAGUAGCUGUGCUUUCUCUUGGCUUUCAGUAAUAAAAGAUUUUUAGAGAAAUAGUCAUUAAUAUUUUUUUCUGCAUGUCUUCUUAGUGAAUAUAGUGAGCCUUGAUCCCAAAUGAUGUUGCAGUCCUUACUUCACUGAAAGCCUAAGCACUUUGACAUUUUUGUACUGUUAACUUCAGUCAAAAGAAAGUUUGGUUCUAUACUACUCUUUUCAAAGCUUUGAACUUGCAGAUACCCUGAAGUAUUUGUCCUGAAUUCUCACUUCUUGCAUAGUUGCAAGGCCAUACUAAAGUGAUUUGGAGGUGAUAUUUAAGACAUGCUUGGAGCCACCUGUGCCCAACAGCUGAAAAGACUGCUAGAGCAUACUUCAAAGAAAACCAAGUGGAAUUUUUGGGAGGGAAUGCUAUGUAUCUGUAAUAGCAGAUGCAGGUGGCUGAGUCAAAAUGUAAAUAUAGCUAAUUAGAUUAAUUAGGCAUGUCUUCAAAUGCAUGCCUUCAUGGGGUCAGAGGAGAGAGAUGAGUAGGCAGAAUAAAACUGUGCCCCAGUAUAUUUGCUGGCAUUGGUUUGCACGAUUCAGGUCUUUUAUCCUUUUCUAUUCCUUUUCACCCCUUUUGCCUUUUAGUUGUAUGAGGCAUGAUGGUUAGUUUAGGUUGUCAUAUUUCUGAAAGUAGAGACCACUACUGAGACAGAUCAAGAAAUUUCUCAGGUAAAGCUCCGAAGAGAUGAUCAAGAGAGAAUUUUGCUUUGAUAAAUCUUGCUCACUUUUUAUGUGCAGUGCUGUGUUGCCUUUGUACAUAAGAAUUCCCAACGUUAUGUUCAGUCAUCACACAUUAAAAUGUUAAUAUUGAAGGAAGUGUGUAUAUGUUGCAGGCUUGCUGAGUUGAGCCUUAUUCACAGGAGGUGUUUGUUUAAUGACUCAUGUAUUUGUGGAGCUUAAGAAAAUACUUCUAUUCUCUUGUUACUAACAAAGCCUUAGCGUAGAAAUGAACCCCAACAUUUGCAAUAGAUCACGUGAUUGAAGCCAGUAAAUCAGCACCAGGAGCUUAUUUUCCUUAUUGGCCUACUAAAAAAUAGGAGUAAAGGAGGGGAAAGAAAUACACUUAUUGGGAGACUACGCUUCAGUGGGAAAAAUGUGAAAUUUGACAUAAUGCUGAAUAUGAAAUUGGUAUGUAAAUUAGUCUGAAUGAUUACUGCUUUCUCAUUUAGUUAAAACAAAAAGAAUUUCUGCUAUGGAUGAACGUAUGUCAGUGUUUACCAGGUUUGUUAUUUUGGCCAUACUCUAUUCUUGUAAUAAAAAAAACUCAGAAGAACAAUUCCUCAUGGUAUAACACUGUGACAAAUGCAUAAUUUACACAGACAUAGAAUUUGCAAUGUUAAGGAAAACAUCAGCUUCAUGCAAUUGUUGGAGUGCAAACCUUGUUGAGCUGUUUACCCCAACCUUCCCAAGGAAUUCGGAGAAUGACAGUGCUUAUCUGAAAGUAUGUGGGAGAUGGUUUUACUCCUGUGACAUUUGGUUCUACUGUUCUUUGAAAAGUGAAAAACAGUGUAUGUAAAACAGCUUGGCUGAAGGUAAUGACGAUUGGUGGUACUCUGAUUUGGUCCUACUGAAUAGCAUGAGAAGAAGAACGUACACGUGUAUGUAUGUGUAUGCAUAGGUAGGUGUGCAUACUUGCUCAUCAUUGGUUGUAGAAGUAAAGGCCACUUCUUAAGUUUUCAUUUGGAACCAGAGGUGUGCGAACAUGAUGCUGAAUGGUUAGCAGAAUCAUGCAUGGUGCCCAUUAUGAACUAUUUAGGAAUGUGUUUAUUAAAAUUUUCCGCGAGCCUUGAGUAAGAAGAUACUUGCUACUUUGUCAUGAAGUCCCUAGGUCAUGGGAUAGCAAAUCAUCAUGUUUAUUGCUGCAGAGAGGGAGCUCAUGCCUGCUGAUCUACUUGCUGGCUGGCCAUCACAGGGGCUGUGUGAAGGGCUGGACAAAGUGUGGCUGAAAUUGUUGAGGGUAAUUCAUUCCAACUGUUCAUUCCAUCUUCAUUCCAAAAUUCCAAAAUAAGCUGAUUUAUGAUGUUUUAAUAAUGUACUGCAUCUCACUCCAGGCUGCUUUCAUAAAGAAGUGAGGGGCAAUUACACUUCUGUCUGUAUGCAGUUCGUUUAACUUUAUUUUCGGAGAGUGGAAAAUGUGAGAUUACAUAGCUAUGGUGUCGCAAAGUGGUGCUGCUGUAGCUUUCUGCACCUGUAGGCAACGAAUACAGAACCGAUCUGUGGGAACCGUGAAAGGUGGGGAAGAUGUGGAGAAAGCAUAAGUACUGCAUUUUUGUAGUGUGUAGUAUGUGUUUCAUCUGGCCAGGGACAAGAGCACUGCAUUUGCUCGCGUGUGCUAAUUUUCUUCAUUGCUUUCCUUGAAAUUUCUUUGGUCACUGCUUUUGAAGCGAGCUCUGUUCUGCAAUAUAUUUCAUAAUGCUGUGUGUCAGACAUGCUGUAUGAAUGCAGUGGGAAGUAUUUAAGUUUAUUCUUGCUUUGGCUGUCCUUUUUUUACAUUUGAUUUGUGAACCACUUUCUUGUAUUUAAUGGCUAAAAGUAUGAAAACUGUAGUGUGCCACCGUAAGUGGCUGUAACUGGUUGAUCCCCAGCACUAGAAGCUUCAGAGAGCAAAGGGUUGAUUUACCUUUCUUCUCACAAGGUGUUACUGCCCUGAAAAAUCACAUCUGCAGUAUAUGCAAUAGCUGCAUGUUAAAUUCCAUCUCGCAAUUCAUGCUACACUUGAAUUAGCUUCUCAAUUAAAAUGCAACCUGGAAUUAUAGCAAUACCUGUGCUGGAAUGUGACAUUGCAAGAAACCUCAGUUUCUCAAUAUUGUUCCAAUUUGGGCUGACCAUAAUUUUGCAUUGGUGCUAAAAUGCAAAUCCAGGUAAUUGGGUUGGACGGAUAGCAUAGCAUUCUUAAACAGAACAGAAGGUCAAGUUGCAAUAUGUGUAGCUUGCCACCUGUUGUUGAAUAUUUUGUUAUCACCACUCAGAAUAGCCCGUGUCAUUCUGGAGACCCCGUUGUGGUAGGGCAGGUGGUGACACCAACUCCCACUGUGGUAUUUUCAGCCUUGUUCAGUGUGAUGUUUUUAUUGUAGUGCCAGGACUUCGGGUUUACUUCUUUAUAUAAGAAUUUUCGCUUUUUUUUUUACUAUUAUUAUUUAUGCAGAGGUGAGCUUGAGAGUUUGAAUCCCAAAAAUGUGACAAAAUUUUGACAUCAGAAGGUGAAUUUCUGAAGCCAGACCCAGGGUAUUUUUGGUAUCUGACUCGUGAUCUUUGUGAGCUGCUGGGAAAACACAUCAACGAUAAUUUGAUUUUACAGUGCCUCCAUUUUGGUGGUUUAUGUUCCUCGGUAUUUUAUUUUAGUGAAAGAAUGGCCAGAAUUUGUGUUCAAAGUGUGAGUGUCAAGAAGUUAAAUAUGUGAAAGUUGAAUGGCUCAGCAGGUAUAAAUUGUCAUAUUGAUUUUGCUGCCUUUUUGCAUUCAGGUACAAAAUUUAGCAACCCACACAGGAAAACUUUAAGUACUCUGUUGUUAAUAAACCCACAGUUCCAUUCAUAGCAGGAUCAAUCUAACUCUUAAGAAUGCAAAAUUUGUCAUUGUCUGAUGGAGUGGCACUGACAUAAAGCGAGGAGGGUUUCUGUGGGGCGCAGUGGCAUUGAUUGCUGGUGGCCAUUGAAAUGAACACUGGAAUAGAGAGGUAGGAGAGAGUAACUCCUACUGUGCUUUUUCUUAUCUUUUGUUCCCUGCCAUUGUGAUUGCCAGCACAUUUGCAUCUAGUUGUACCUUGCAAGCAGGUAGGAUGCUAGCGCAGAACACAGGGCUUUGCUAAUGGAGCACCUCAUUAUGAGAUCCGCUAAUGCUGGGAUUAGGCUGUGGCUGAAGUGCUGGAACAGGUCUCUAACUAAACUUCUGCACCAUACUUCCUUUGCUUGAGGAUCGAGUGUGGUGUAGACACAGCCUAUCUAAGUACACACAUUGCUCGAUGGCCUUUUCAACCCUUCAGAUUCAGAUUGCAGAACUUUGCGUGAUAAAUGUCAAGAUCACGGUUAAUCAUUACUUAGCUGGGUGUAGAUGGAAUCACAAAACCCUGCUCUCGUCAUUCUCCUGAAACAAUGACUUGAUUAGCUGCCAGGAAGUGAUUUGGCGGGUCCCUCCUGUGGGUUCCCUCAGAAAUAAUGUGGGCUGGAUCAUGACCCGUCACAUCGUGUGUGCUUGGAGCUCAGAUCGCUACAAGUGUGUGAGAUCGCCGUGUUUACGCGGGUAGACUGAGUGCCAAGAAUUAAUUGGUUUCAUGCUAUGCUGUAGAGCAGGAGUACAGGAGUAGCUCUGACCUUGCCAUUGAGAGUACAAGGGGAACUUGCACCCUGGUGAGGUUUCCCUAAUCGAGAGGCUUGAAAUCAGAAGCUCUGUUGUUAAUGGACAAACCAAAAUUUGCGAGUACUGGAUCUCACAAACUUCUGUGUUUUCCACUUUAGAAUACAUAGAAUACAAGAGAUUAUAUAUUUUGUUGGAGAGGAUUGUUGGAUUCUUCCUCAAGCUGGAAAAGGGGGAUGCUUUGUUUAUUUUAUUUUACAUUUGACAGUGCAUAAUUAAAACCACACCUGAUGCACAAUUAAAACAAGCAAAGAAGGGCGGCAGCAUUUUUCUCUACCAUACUUCUGCUUGUGACUUGUUGGAAAAGGAGCUUAUUAUUUUAAUAAGCUCCUGGGUUUUGUUGCACUUGUGCUUCCCAGCACUUUCCUGAGGGAGACCUCAGCUGCCCAUCAGAGAACGCUCUGUGAUAGGAAUGUUCCUGCCUGCUGAGCAAACUGCUGCUGCUACAAAUUUAACACUGUGAAUUCCUGGCGUAAUCCUGAUCUGGUAGCAGGAGAUAGAUUUUGAGGGAAACAAGUUCCUCUGGUGUUUCAGAUUUUGUACUACUAAAGUAUAGAUGAGUUUCGUAAUUUUGUGCCAAAGAGGGGCAUGGCUCACACUGAGAUUUAUGGUCAUCUUUAAUCUUCCAUCUUGUUCCAAAACAACCUGAUUCCUUCAAUGAAAAUUAUGAUAUCGUGGUUUGUUCAAACAUUCUGGCAUCUUACUGCAAAUAUUUUUUUCUUUCAAUUCUGUUUUGGAAAAGGAUGGAAAAGUCAUUUAAAAGUUGGAUUCAUUUAAACCCGUGAGUCCUGAUUCUCAUCCCCUCUCACUGUGCUCAUCUGCUUGUAGAGCCUUGUGGUGCCAUAUGGGCAGUGAGAACACCAAUGGUCCUUCCUGAGAGGAAUCAACCCCCCAAAAAAUGUGUUCUGUUCCUUUUGAUGUUCUUGGCUGUCCCUAGCAUUGUGCAUACACAAUGUACACAGCUAGCUUAACCUUUGUUGUCAUCCUUCCUGAACAGGCUGUAUCAUCCGCUCUAGGAUUCCAGUUAUUGGGGAUAUAGGAAUAAAAUUUGUUCCUUUUUUGGGGGGGAUUGGGGAGGGGAGUUGUAUCUCUGAUUGUUCAGACUCUUCCCCAGGCUUCAUAGGUUCCUUGAAUUCUGGUUUCAGUGUUGCAGUUGUUCGGCAAUGCUCACACACAGUUCCUUCACCCAGAUUGGCACUUUGCAUCCCUGGCUGCAUUGCCUGAACAGCUGGAGCUGGUUUUGACGCCAUCUGCUGCUCACGCUGCUGCUGUUAGCUGUGCAUUGCCACACCUGUAGCCUUACUUUUUCUUUCACAUUUCCAAGUUUGGUCUGUGAAUCAUGUCUGGUUGGAUGCUGGAGGAGGCCAGGUCUGGCCCUGUGCUCCUUCAUAUGUCUUUGUGAUCAGGCAUCCCCUAUCCUAAAGCAUUCUGUUUGUCACUGCAAUGCAUUUCUACUUCCUCACAAGGCAAAAGAGAGAUGCUACAUGCUGCCCAGGGGAAGAUUUCUUGCCUCAGUCUAUGUCUGGGCAGGUUCUGUGAGGAAUAGCAUAGGAAGAUAAUAGGAAGGCAAGGAUUUGUUAAGGGAUGUCCUCAAGCUCUUUGUUUACUGAAAUACACAGAGUGCAUGCAUCCUGCCAGUGUCUGUUUGAUCUUUGCAUCAAAUUCCAUUUUGAUGAGGGAAAAAUGGAACAUAGGAGAGAGUAAGGAAGAUUGACAGCAGAUUCAGAGAAAUAAAUGAAAUUGUUGGCAAACGUGAGAGCUGUCUUUCUGCCCAUAAUGAAAGACUGUGUGUCAAAUGAUUGAUUGAUCUUUAAUUUUGUUGCCAUAUAUCUUACCAAAUAGAUAUUGUUAAGCAUGGGCUAAAUGUAUUUUGACUUUCUUUAAGAUCCAAUUCAGGUAAAUAAAUACAUUUUCUACACGGCUCUCCUUAGCAUAUUUCUUACAGAAAGUGACCAGGAAAGGGAAUGUACUGUGAUGAUGCCAUUCAUUAAAUAUUAUGAAUAUUAAAAUAUUAAUUCUCUGAAACAAAAGAGAAUGCAGUGUUCUUAGAUGGAGUUGUCCUUUAUUUUAUCUUACUCGUGGCUCCUACCCACUACAGAGAUGGAGCACGGGAUCCUUUUUCCCGCAUCAGGUGAUGGGUUAAUUCUGAAAUAAAGGUCUAUGGCUCUCUGGUUGCUGGAUUUGCAGAAGGCUGGAGAUACAUUUGUGCUUCAGCUGUCAUGUUUAUGAAGAUCUACACUAUCCCAAAUUACUUUUGAAAUUCAAUGAGGAACAUAUUUAAACAUCAGAAAAAGUAUAACCCAUUUAUGGGACAAUUUAUGCAUCCACUGUGACCUGAGCUACCUGUCCAGAGGAAUUCUCCUUUUCUGAGUGCAGAGCUGCUCUUUAACAUCUGAAAGGUAGUAAUUAGUAUGUCCCUGUAAUUAGUACUACAGUGAACUUUUCCAAAUGCCUGGUGCUUUCUUCAUUUACAUCAUUUCAGUACCUGAGCACAUAUACCUCUUAAAUAUUUUAAGUGUCGUAGGAGCCCAGAGGGUAGGUCAGUGAUUGCACUCAGCUUGCAAGAUAUAAAGUGAAUUUCCUAGGAUGAUUAAAAGAUUUUAAAAAAGCCCAAUGACUUGUGCUUCACAAAAAGCUCUCUGCUGCAGAGGGGCCAGCCUUAAUCUGAAAACCGAGACUGAAAUAAUCUGCUGUUGUCCACAGUUGUUUUCUUCAAGGAAUGGUCACUCUAUAAUUGCCUGCUUUCGAAUCGUAGGUUGCCUGUGUUUUACAUGAAAUCACCAAAUGCUUGUCUCUGCUGGGUUAGCAGGUCCUUAGCAGUCACCAUUCUUUCUCUGCAAGGCUCUGUGCGUUCUGUAGGCAGAUCACCCUCAAGGCUGAUCAACCAGGCUGAGCUCCUGAAAUCUAAAUGUUUGCUUUCUGACUGCCACUUUGGUUCUCUUCUGGCAUCUCCAGUGGUGGAGAGUAUGUUUUGCAUUCUUGUUCUUUUUGAAUGGCCUCAACAUGCAGUGAUUCAAAGCCUCUAUAUCCUAUCCUCAUUUUUCAUUACUGUGCUGGUCUGUUAUCACCUGUAAAUUUUGAAAUGUUUAUUUCCAUUGUUGUUAAUUUAUAAGCUGGAACAUCCCAUUUGAUAGCAUUUUCCUGUUUACAAAUGCUUUGGUGUCGUGUUAUGUAGUCCAAACUUUCAUAGACUCACAGAACCAUAGCAUGGCUUGGGUUGGAAGGAACCUUAAAGCCCAGAUAGUUCCAACUCCCUGCCAUGGGCAGGGCUACCACCCACCACAUCAGGCUGCCCAGGGCCCCAUCCAACCUGGCCUUGUGUGCCUCCAUGGAUGGGGUCCUGUAUUGAUCCAAUGCCUUACAGAGAGCCUAAUGUUAAGACACUGAAGGCAGAACUGGUGGAGUUUGAGAUGAAGAGGGAGUACUUCUGUUAUGUCCAGGCUAUUUGCAUGUGUGGUUUGUUCCAUUCUGUUUCAAAGUACAUAUUGAACAUGCCAUUGCUUGUGUUUGAAUUAGUAGUAGAAUAACACAGUGGCUAUUAAAACAGUGAGAGCCCACCAGUCCUCUACUGCUUCAUGUAAAUAAAGCAUAGAAUCUAAUUUCAAUCUGUGUUACCUUAGGCAGCUCUAGCAUCUGAUAAAAUAAAUUAUCUUUGCAUUCUCUGCUUCCCUUUUGGUUUUCAUUGAAAGAGUGAGGUGUUUCUGUAAAUAAGUGAGACUGCCCUUCAGUGAGGGGAAAAAGAAGCAGUCUGAGACUUACUUAUGUCCUUUGUUUUGCAGCUGUUUUCCCUCAGUGACUCAAAAUAGAUUUAUCUUCCCGCUUAAUUAUUUCUAUUUCAUUUGCUCAGACUUGAAGUUGAACUCCAAUAAGAGUUCUUGUUAGUGAUGAAAAUAAGAAUUUGCAAGGACAGGGCAGUAUCUGUGUGGGUGAGGUCCCUGCUGAAAUGCUUCUUGACAAGAACAGUGGCAACCCUUGAAAGAGCAAGCCACAAACAAGGAGUCUGCAGGAGCUCUGACCAGGGUGCAGGCAGGCAACAUUACACCCAGAGCAUCCCUACUUUGUGAUGGAAAAAGAGAAUCCGUAUCAAGCUACUCAGCAGCUCAUCAGCCACCCAGGCUGAUCAUAGUUCUCUUACUGGAGGAGGCAGAGACAGCUGGGGCCAGGCACAGAGUAGGUCCUGAAGGAAGGGGAUUGUCUUCUGGGCCUCCAGCAUAGCAUUCCUUUCUUGUGUUAUAAAUUGUGAACAAAUUGCUAUCUCCUCCCUCGUACAGUGAUAUCAACUCUUGGGUUGCUUGCAAAUAUAAGUUGCCACAAGCAGCGCAUUUUAAUCUAAUAGCUGUGUGUAUGUCAUGAAUUUUUAUAUUCCAAGAAUCUUCAUGCUGAGAAAUGCAGGCUGGGAAGAUGGAGUGGGCAGCUGGCAGAGUGUGUGGACACUUGAACCUGGAAACGAAAACAGCUGCUGGAGCUAAUUUUAAACAUAGGUCCUGAUCAGAUCCUUUUCAAACCUGAUUGUCAUGUAGCCGUAGAGAGGCGUGAAGCUCAAGAUACUGGUAAAAAGCUGUGUGGAAAGGGAAGUCAUCCUUGCUCCAGUUAUGGUAUUUCCAUUUUUCACAGUGAGUUCAGAACUGCCCAAAUUGCAAAAGGAUGAGCAGAAAGCACGAAACGCACUGUUGGCUGAUAUCCAGCAGGGAACUCGCUUAAGAAAAGUGACUCAAAUCAAUGACAGAAGUGCACCACAGAUUGAAAAACCCAAAGGAAGUAACAGAGAUGGAGUUAGCCCAGCCAUUAAUAAGGGUGGCUCUCAGCAGCCCCUGGGAGGCUUAUUUGCUGGCGGCUUUCCAGUUCUCAGACCAGCAGGCCAGAGAGACAUGCCAGGAGGGAGGCCUGGGCAGCUUCCUGGAGUCCGGGCAGUGGCUCCCAAGGCCGCAGCCCCACCGAACAGCGCUGCAAAGGCAGGCAGUAGCCCCUCAAACCCAUCCGACAGCCCCGGGCCAGCCGUCCCACCGGAGCCUCCCAGCACCUCCCGGGCUGGCACCGCACGGCCCAGCCUGCCUGUGCCUCCUCCGCCACCUCCGGCUGCCAGCAAACCUUCCCUCACCUUCCCUCCUCCUCCGCCUCUUCCCCCUCCGGCAGAAAGGCCUACCAAGGGGGGAUCCCCCAACUCUGUUCCUCUGCCCCCGCUCCCUCCCCAGGCCGACAAGCCCACAAAGUUACCAGUAGGUGCUUCGCAACUGCCUCCUCCUCCUCCUCCCUUACCCCCCUGUGGAUUUCCAGCCAGGACGACCGAUUUCUCCACUGCUGCUUCCUCCCCAUCAGAAGCGAGGGAUUAUCCACCUCCCACACCACCACUGCCAGCUCCUCCUCCACUCCCUCCUCCUCCACUCCCCGCAUUUCCCCCAACCUCGAACAGGCUCUCCUUCCCACCCUCCCCAGCCAUCAGCAGUGCUGGGAGUGGUGGUGACGUGCCCCCACCACUGCCCCCCAAGUCUCCCCACUUGCUGUCCCAUCUGCAUAAACCCAGUAAUAUUCAGUCGCUCCCUCUCCCUCCCACCCCACCCCUUCCUCAGCCAGCAGCAGUGGUGGAGACCAGGAAGAAGAGACCAGGCCGAGGCCCAGGAGCUGGUGCUGGGAAGCUUGCCAUUCCUCCACAGCCACCUGCCAGGUCACCAACAACUGAACUCACAAGCAAGUCUGGAGUCUCAGCCUGGGCAACAGUUCAUGACCCCUACCCACCACUCAAAAAUGGAAAUAUGCAUAUUAUUGAUGACUUUGAAUCUAAAUUUACUUUCCAUUCUGUGGAGGAUUUCCCCCCACCUGAUGAAUUCAAGCCAUUUCAGAAAAUAUAUCCCAGCAAGAUACCUAGAGAUCCCUCUAAAAAUCCACCAUUAAGAACACACGUGAGAUGAGAAGAAUCAUCUGAUCCUUUCUGGACUGGUAUUAAAGAAUGGAGAACAUCAAGAUAAUAUACAGAACUGAAGGGUCCCCAUUACAGCGAUAGAAAUCACAUUUGGAUUGCAAGUGCUGCAAUGUUAACAUUUUUAUAAGCUGAAAGAGAGAUGUAAAUGAUACUUUUGGAAGUACUUUGUGGCAUACACACCACAAAAGUGUUAGCAUAGGCUUUUAAAUAUUGUAUAUAUGUGGAUAUUUUUUAAAUGAAGAAGCAUAAAAUUUAAAAUCUUUGUAGUGUUCAGACAAUUCUUAUCAAGUUGAUAUGUUACCUCAAAGAAUACUUUUUGCAUGAUGUGCCUGUAGUUCAUUUUUCCUCUUCCAUCUUCAUUUUUAAAUAUUUUAGUAAUCCUUCAGUUAUUAUUCAGACAUUUUUCCGUGAGCUAUCAGAAGCUAACAUGACACGUUUAGUUUUUUUGUAUGCUUUUUCACUUCUUCUGUUCUACUUGUGUUCAGAUUGCAACAGAAUGGCACUUUCAAGAAAAGAAAGGCCCAUAAUAAUCCUCAUCAAGCAUGAAGAGAAAGGAAAUCAGGGGUUUUGGUAGCUGCUGAGCUACCUCUUAUUAAUUACAGAUCCCUAUAGGAUGGCAAACAUAUCUGAAGAAACCCAGCUGGUAGGGUUGCCACAGACCUGACAAAGAUGACAGAACUUUUCCAAAAUGGUUAAAGAAAGAGGAAGCACACCAUAUAGAAUAAGGAGUCCCUAAGAUUGUGAUUCCUGUUAAAUGAAUUGGUUGAAAAAAAAAAGCAAGGCAGCCAGGGAUAAGACUUGAGCUCCUGCCUUUAAUAUGCAGCCUGUAGUGAGAUGUUUGUUUGGUUCACUGACCUUCAGAUCACACAGUGUCUGCUUCCAGCAGGAAUUACACAAAUGCAGCAUUUCACUGUAUUAGGAAGAGCCGCCACCAGCUUGUGGGAAGUGAUCACUCCUCUCUACUCAGCACCACUGAAGGCUUAUCUGGAGUGUUGUGCCCAGUGCUGGGCUCCCCUGAACAAAAGAGACAUGGACAUACUGGAGAGAGUCAAGCAUAGAGCCACCGAGAUGAUGAAGGGACUGGAGCAUCUCUUCUGGCAGUAGAAGCCAUCUAUCUAUUCUAUCUCUUCUAUCAGAAGUCUUCUGUCUUUUAUCAGGAGUAGUCAACAUGGAUUCACCGAAGGGAAAUCAAGUUUGACCAACCUGGUAGCCUUCUAUGAUGACAUGACUGAGUGGGUAGAUGAGGGGAGAGCAGUGGAUAUUGUCUCCCUUGACUUCAGGAAGGCUUUUGACUCUGCUUCACAUAACAUUCCCAUAGUUAAGUUUAGGAAGCGUGGGAUAGAAGAUUGGACAGUGAGGUAAACUGAGAACCAGCAGACUGGCAGAGCUCAGAGAGUUGUUAUCAGCAGCGCAGAGUCUAGUUGGAGGCCUGUAACUGGUGGUGCUCCCCAGGUCGUGUUCAACACCUUCAUUAAUGAGCUGGAUGAAGGGAUAGAGUGCACCCUCAGAAUGGUUACUAAUGAUAUGACAGUGGGAGGAAUGACUGACAUCAGAAGGCUGUGCUGCCAUUCAGUAAUACCUCAAGAGGCUGGAGUUGGGCAGAGGGGAACCUGAUGGGGUUCAACCAGAGGAAGUGUAGAGUCCUACACCUGAGGAGGAAUAACCAUAUGCAUCAGUACAGGUUAGAGGCUAAGCUGCUGGAAAGGAGCUCUACCAAAAAGGACUUACUUUUUCUGGUAGACAACAGGUUGGCCAUGUGCCAUAGUGUGCCGUGUGGCCCAGGUGGUCAGUGGUAUCGUGGGAUACAUUAAAAAGUGUGGCCAACAGGCUGAGAGGUUCUUCUCUCCCUCUACUCUGCCCAGGUGAAGCCACAUCUGGAGUACUGUGUCCAGAUCCAGGCUCCUCAGUUCAAGAAAGACAGGGAACUUCUGGGAGAGAGUCCAGCGGAGGACUGCAAAGAUGAUGAGAGGCUUAGAGCAUCUCCCUUGUUAGAAAAGUCUGAGAGCUGGGACUAUUCACAGCCUAGAGAAAGAAGACUGAAAGGGGAUCUUACCAAUGCUUAUAAAUCCCUAAAAAGCAGAUGUCAAGAGGAUGGAGCCAGGCUCUUUUUGCUGGUGUCCAGCGAUAGGACAAGGGGCAGCAAGCACACAGUAGAAUAAAGGAAUUUCCAUGUGAAUAUGAGAAAGAACUACUUCUGGGGUGACAGUACUAGAACUGGGCUUCCCAGAGAGUAUAGUCUCCUGCUAUUCCCAUUUAACAGCUAGGUUAUUUAUGGUUAUUUUAUGAUUUAUUUCUAGAAAUACCACAUUUUACACCGGCAGCUGUUAAAAAUAUUAUAAAUGGUAGGUGGAGAUCCUUCCCCAUGGCUAUUCCUUUGGACAACAGUAUUUAGAAAAGACAGGUAACUACACCCUUAGAUAUCUCUGCUUUUCUGUUAGUUCUUGUAACAGCUCAGUUAUGCUAUGACUCCUAUUCAUAGAAUCAUAGAAUCACAAGGUUGGAAAGGCCCUACAAGAUCAUCUAGUCCAACUGUCCUCCUAUCACCAUUACUACCCUAAGCUACUAAACAAUAUCUCACAGCACCUCAUCCAUAUAUACAUGCAUGCUUACCGUGUGCAGGUGCUGUAAGGGUAAGAAGCAUUUAAACAUCUGCCUGUAGGACUCCAAAGAAGCAUCAUUAGUCUUCUACGAUACCUUGUUCUUCAUGUCAAAAGAAGAAAAAUUAGCAAUGCUUUGACCAACGCUUUCUGUUACCAGUAUUAUAGUUACUAAUAAAUAUGCAUGGAUGUAGUAAUAAGCAGGGGUCAGCACUGCUUCUCAAACAACUGGAAAAUAAGUUCAAUACUGUAUUAAAGAAUAUUUUGCUCUAUUAUUAAAAAUUGAUGUACUGCUGAUUUUCAUGUUUUGGAACUCGUGUUCAACUCUGCAAUAAGUAUCUUCAUAAAUAUUUGAAAGCUAUAUAUAGCUCAGACCACAUGCCAUAAAAUAUCUAAUGGAAGACCAAUGUUAUUCCUGUUUUUAUUAUGAUUAGGAGUGUUUUUAAAAGAUACAUCUUAUAGAAAUUAAACUGAAAAGCUUGCACAUA